UAAAUAAUAAUAAAAGUAACAAUAAAAGUACUAAGGAAUGCUUACAAGGCAGAGUUUAAGAUAUAAGACAAAUGAGCACAGUAGUAUGACUGAAGGAAUUAAAUACUGUAACAUUUACUGAGCACUACAUAUACAGUUUUGAAUUCUCACAACUCUGGAAGAAUAAGAAAAUUGAGACUCAGUGCAAGUAAUGUACUUAAAUGCAUAUAGUAAACACAAAGGAAUUGAAUUGGAUCGAUCAAUCUUUAAAUCUGAGCUGUUCACUGCAAGGUAGAUAACGGAGAACAAAGGUUGGAUUAAUCCAUGUGAACAAAUUUACAGAUACAUUUAUAAAGAAAAGACAUCUUAAAUCAUGGGCCUUUUGGCGAAAAUUUUUUCAAAAUGCUCUUUACUUGGCAUUUACAACUUUAGUUUAGCAAGCCCUAAAAGUGAUAAGAGUCCACCGAACUGAAUUUAAGCAACAUUUUAGGGCCAUAUACCUGCGGAAAGCCAGGAAAAAUCGCGUUGUUUUUUCUUUUGCCAACAUCAGUUCACCUGCAGGAUGCACCACAAAAGGAAAGUUGAUUAAAACAAACAAACAACAAAAACAAACAAAAGAACCAAAGUGUCUCUUCCAAAAGGAAGCGUUAGUAUCCAGAAAGGCGGCCUGGGACUAAUUUCAGCGACGAAGUGGAACACAUGGCCCUCGAGCCGCUGCCCAUUAUUUAGUAGAGACCAACGAGGAUGGAAUGUAUUAGAAGAAAGGGAGGCCGAGGCAGUCAAAGGAUGGAUAGAGCGCGAAAACUGAAGUGGGGUCAGACCCUGGCGGGAGGGACAGCGUAUGAGAGGAUGAACUGGGCGGCAGGAAGAGCAGCGCGCGGGCAGGCCGGAGGGCGCAGGGCUGCUGGGAGGAAAGCCCGCGGAGAGGAGCGCCGCCACUCGGGUCCAGGGCGCGCCGUGCCGCGGCUUGGAAAUCCUUUUGUACUGUUGUUCAUUCACACUUGUUCAUCAAGGCCUUUGAGUCCUCAAGGGCAGAAUUUACCUCUAAACAGAAAGAUGGAAACUAAAGUACAUUUAUUCUGCCAGACAGAAGAAAAUAUUGACUUAUCAGAUGAUAGCUCUAAUUCUUUUGCAACUGAUUUACCAUCGAGAAAUAUUGAUAGCAAGAAAUACAUCAAGUUUUCUAAAACAAUGGAGAAGAAAAUUUCACCUGAAAUUAGAGGUUUGAGCCCAGAACACAAAACAAUGAAUAAAGAAAUGCUUUCUAACCUCUACCUGACAUUAUAUGAAGACGUACCCUAUGGACACUUAGAAGAAAUAAGUGCACUUCAUAAAGCCUACAAAAUUUUUAAUAAAAUUCGAAGUGGUAAGAUUUUUGUGAAUGAUCUGCUACUUAUCCUUUGCACCUUGAGAAUUUCUAUAAGUGAUUCAGAAAUGCGACAGGCACUAAAGACUAUUGAUAUUGAUGGAGAUGAAUUAAAUAUCAGGGAAGUAAAAAAUAUUCUAGGAAGUAUGGGGAUAGAGGUCACAGAGAAGGAACAUUCAGAAUUGGUGAAAAUCGUACCUGUUGUGGUAGCAUUCAAAUAG